CAUCAUUUUAAUGAUGACGUCAAUGGCAACGUGUGUUGUCUUGUCAACGUACGUCAAAAUCAGCUGUAUCGUAACCUUUCGAAAUCAAGGCUUACGCAGGCGGUGAAUGGAGAAAUGAAUCCAGUUAUCACGAUAAAUCUGUGCUAUCGGCAGCGCGGUGAUCGGCUCCGCGAGUAUAUUGAUAACGUGUCGCGCGAGACUUUCGCUUCGUGUUAGGAUUAGAAAAUAUUAAGUGUAUCAAGUGUGGCACAAUGUCUUCUGUUGUUGAAGAUAUUUGUGAACUUUUAGACAGUUAUAAUGGACGGGACAAGGUGGUCAGACUAGCCUGCUACACACUGAAGCUAUACGGCUGUAUAAAGGGCGAGAAGCCAUGGCAGACGGCAGGCUCGCGGCUGUCCAACGCGCGCAUGAUGCUGCGGCUCUUCGACGAUAUACCCAUGAUACGACACACCUACAGCUACGGGCUGGGCCGCCAUGAGUCUUCCACAAUGGCUGCGGCGCUCGGCGUUCUCGCUAACAUGGUUGACCAAGCCUUUUUGCCCGUGGAAAAGGCCUGCUGGCUGCAAGAAGUAGGCGUCCUGAAGUUGUCAGAAAAAACGGCGGAGCGACUAGACAUCUUCAGUACGGCGCUGUGGGCUGCAAGUCUUUACAUAUCCUUACUGCAAACCGUCCGCGGCAUUCGUCAGCUGUGGUGGAGUCGCGACUGCCUGCGGCACUCUUGCGAAGGCGGGGGCUCGGAGGCGCGCCGGAACCUCGACGUGCGGCUCACUCUACAGGCUGUCACAGCAGGCAAACUCCUCCUAGACAUAACGCACGCGGUGAGCUGCCUGCCGGAAGGCUGGCUGUGGGGCGAGCGCAUCGGCGGCACCAAGGUCGCCGCCAUAGCCACCACCAGCUCCGUCAUCGGAAUCCUUAUGUACUUCGCCAAAAAACGGUUGUUGAAAUGAACUUUGACUGGGUUUAGACGGCCUAAGAUUAACGUCGUAAGGCGCACGAUACAACAUUUUUAAUUUAAACCUUGUUGUAUAACUAAAUUCGUACGAAUUUUGUUUGAAAAUACAAUUAAAUGAAAGAAAUUCGAAUUAGAUUAUAAUGUGCAUUGAGCCUUAAGACGAUAAAAUUAGGAGUGUCCUGGGUUAUAAUAAGAUUUUUAAAGUAUAUCAUGUAAAUAUCUUUAUACAAUAUUACGAUAUGGAAUUUAUAAUUGAAGAUUGACUGGGUUAGGGAGGAAGUAAUAAUAGGGCUAUACAAAUAUUGUAAAACAAUUUCUCUCCUAGACUAAUCAAAAUAUUGGCCGGGACCUCGUUACCUACGUAAUUUACAGUUGUGAAAUUUCCACCGUAAAUUAAGUAGGUGUCUCGUUUGCUACUUAAAAUCUAUAAUAUACAAUAUAAAAGCUUGGGGUAGGAAAACAUGAUUCAUUUUUUUAUUGAUUUAUUAUUUGCCUAUUUAAGAUAUACUUAAAUAAUAUUAUAUGUAACGGGGGCAUUUCUCACAAAAGAUUGUAAGGGUCUAGCAGGCUAAGUGAACUAGAGGUGCCCCCAACGACAGAUUUGGUCAUUCUUUCAGGUGGUGUACUGGCAAGUCUAUAAAGGUUACACACCUACAUACUAACUUAUCUACACCCUGCACUAGUACUUUGUUUACAUAUGCUCCUAACUACUUAUUCGAUUUUUUUUGACAUGACGCACGAAGAUUUACGCAAAUAUUUUUAUAUGUGUAUGUAGCGGGUACUAGUGGCUAUCCAUGCAUAUUUUUUCUGGAGGUGUACCUCCGCGAAAAGUAAAAAAAUAAAUCUGAAGAAAAAUAAAAUGUUUUUUUACACAAUGAAGUAUAAGUACAUGACGUGGGUUAAAAAUGUGUAUUUUGUAGCCUAUUUUAUUAUUGUCAAAUAUAAUUUUGUUUCGUUAAUCUAACUUGAACAGUUUACAAAAUAUGCCACUUUCAAUGAUACGCUGAUUAUUUUACAUUAUCCUGAAUAACUCGAAAACAAAAGAAGAUCGAGGACUGAUAUUAAGCAUAGAAUGUUCUUAGGACUUGCCAGUACACCACCUGAAAGAAUGACCAAAUCCGUCGUUCGGGGCACCUCUAGUUCGCUUAGCCUGCUAGACCGGCUGUAAAAAUUUGUAAAACAACCUUGGUACUUAGUUAAUUUCUAAUAAAAAAAGAGUUAAAGAGAGAAGAGAAGUUUUCCCUAGAAAAGUAAUCUUAGAAGGCCUAUAGGUAUAUAUAGGUAUAAGUAUAUGUUAGGUAUAUGUAUUAGGUCAUUGCCUAUGAAAUUGGCGUUUUGUAUGGAGAACUUUAACGAAAUUCGAUUUUUCAUACAAUGAAUUUUGAGGAUUAUUUUGUGAAGGCAUUUUCAAACCAAACAAAUUUUUGCCAGUAAUCUGAGACAUUGUUAAGGCACAUUUUCUAUCUCAUAUUUUUUUUAAAUCUGUCCCGUCAGAAAAAUAUAAGUCAUUUAAAUACUCGAGCCGGCAGCACAUGAAAAGGGCUGUUUUCAGGGCGGUAUUCUGAAUACAUAAAACAAUAAAAGUAGCAAAUAAUUGUAUGUAAAAUCGUUGUUAUGUAGCGCACUAAUAAAAUUAAAAAAUACUUCGAUAUUACUAUUAAAAUAAAUAAACUAUGACAUGACUAAUACUUAUGAACAAAAAUGCCAAUUUCAUAGGUAAUGACCCAAUUUGUACUCGUACGGUUAGCAGCAGAAGUGCUAAAGGGAAAAGGUCUUUGAAAUGACCUUUACGUGCUCUUUUUCUUUACAAUAAACUCAUUAGAUUACUCCUAGUCCUGCCGCUGACUGUACCUACAUAAAUCGUCUCAAUCUUUAUUCAACUAAGCAUCGGCCCACAUAUCUAUUUUUCCUUAUAAAAUAGAUAUGUGGACCGAUGAUAAAUAAAUAAAAAGUUUUACUUUCAGGCAACACGUACACUUGUACAUUAGUACACUGAUAUUAAACUAAGUAGAAAUAAAAAUAUCCUAAAGUUACACCUCAAUUUUUUUACUUUAUACGUGUUAUAUUAAUUCGAAGUAUUUGUAUUUUUUAUUUUAAUUAAAAACGCGCAAAUUGUCUGAAAGUCAAAUGCACAAAUUGUUAAGUUUUAACCUUUAAUUCGACAACGUCCAGUACACUGGACUCCUUUGACCCCCUUUUUAAGUUUUUUCGUAAUCAAAAUCAUUACUACCAAUCAAUUAUUGAGCGCGCAGGAAUUCGGAACUUACAAUCUUUUAUAUUUUGUGUCCAUUUAAUGGUUAAGUGUUCAGUUAUGUUGGGUUGACCCAGCAGUUAUUUAUGGUAGAAUGAAAAGGAGUUCAUGUAGUCAGCAAAACGAUUAGCUUAGCACACCUAUAUUUGUAUGCAGUGCUACGCUGAUAACUUUGCUGACGAACCUACAUACAAUUCAGCAAGUAAUUAUGGCUACUUUAAUAUCUAUAUAAUGUUUAUUUUCUCGUUGGACUUAUAGAAGGGUAUAAGUAAUAUGUAUUUACAAAGCGUUUUGUGAACUUCGAGUACGGCGUCCGACACGUCGGAAGGCUUCUUUUCGCCAUCGCCCUACGCGACAACAUUUCCAUCCUCACCACUUAGAUGGUUGGCAGUCCUCAACUGUGCGUUUCUCUAGGAACUUUCUGCCUCGCACUGCUAAACUGUGGAAUGAACUGUCGCCUACGAUAUUUCCGGACCGAUACGACCUUCAAACUUUCAAGAAAAGAGCGUACUCCCAUCUUAAAGGCCAGCAACGCACUUCGAACCCUCUGGUGUUGCAGGUGUCCAUGGGCGGUGGUAAUCGCUUAACAUCAGGUGAUCCGUCUGCUCGUUUGCCUCCUCUACCAUAAAGAAAAAAAAGGGAGGAGCCCAAGCGAUAUCUUACCGUAUAAAUUGUUCUGCCAUAUUUUGGGGGAACGUGCACACAGUCGCACUUCUUACUUACUACAUACAAAAUUCCAUGUAAUGACGACCCAAAAAAAUUAAAAAUGACACACGUCAAAGACAAAUCUUGCACACCUCGAUCUCUUUUUUGUGUACGGACGAGUCACCACAGGCACCGCGCUAUGCCCAGUUGGGCAUGUGCUUCUGCAGAGGGGAAAUAUUGUGAAUGCUGACUCCCAUCCCGGUGUUGCUCGAAGCACUGGGUUAUUUGCCCGAUGUGUAUUUCGCAUCUGAGCGUAACGUAUUUACCUAUGGUAUUUACGUACAGUCAGCGUCAAAUACUACAUACUUAAUGCUACAUGCGUAAUAUUAUACUUGGAUAACGCUAUGUACUCCAUAAUUGUCGAAUUAUAUCAGGUGAAGUACUUUAAGAUUAUUAUGAUGUAACAUAUGUAAUAUAUACGAUGUGGUUGUACUUAAUAAAUAAAUAAAAAUAAAAAAUUUCGUAGCAGUAUAUGGUGUAUACUAAAUAUAUGGUGUACCACACUAUUUGGCUACUUUGGUUGCUACAAAGUAUUUGACGCUGACUGUACCUAUACUUUUUACUUAUAUAUAUACCUAUAAUUAAUGCACUAACAAAUCUUUAAACAAUUUUUUUACUGUAAAUAUAGUAAAUUUUAUAUUCUGAUAAUACCUAAUAUAUGAAAUGAUAAAUAAUUAUGUAGUACCUGAUACUUGAAAGAGCAAUAAACGCGUAAUUUUAAAUAUUAA